AUGUAUACCUGAAGAACAAGAAAAGGAGAAACUCUCAUUGCAAUUUGUAAAAAUGGCUCCAACUGGGGUUGCUCUCUGUCCAACUUCAUUGUUUGUAUCUUCAACUUUGCAUAGAAGAAGAUACUUGCAUACCCAUCGGCCCAUUUCCAAGUUUUGUGUGACUGCCAGUUGCAACGGCAGCAGAGAGCUGAUGGCAGAACCAGAAGUUUCUACGACUGAAAGAGCAAACUUUGGGUUCAAGAACCUAACAGAAACUUUCUGGGUUGAUGUUCAUAGAGCAGAAGGGAGGCCUUUGAGAGUUAGACUCACUGCACCCUUGACAAUCUCAUCUUUAAGGUUUGAAGAGGUUGAGAAUGUCGCAAUCAGGUUUGAGCUGAGUAAUGGGUGUGUCGGUUGGGGGGAGGUUCCAAUGCUGCCCUUGGUUACAGGGAAUCAGGGCAUGGCUCUUGUCAAAGUGAAGGAGGCAUGUGAGUUUCUGAGCAGAAGUCCACCUAUGACUAUGAAUUUGGUCCUUGACGAGAUUGCUGGGAUUCUUCCUGGUGCUGAAUUUUCUUCUGUUAGGGCUGGAGUUGAAAUGGCACUGAUUGAUGCAGUUGCAAAUAGCAUUGAUGUCCCACUAUGGAGAUUAUUUGGUGGUGUGUCAAAUACCUUAUCCACUGCUGUUACAAUUCCCAAUACUUCCUCUGCCAAGGCUUCUGAAUUGGCUUCAAAGUUCCAGAAACUAGGAUUUAUGAUAUUCAAGCUUAAUGUGGGAAAGAACCUAAGUGCAGAUAUUGAUGUUCUUCAAGCCAUUCAGGCGGCUCACCCUCAAUGUUCCUUUAUUUUGGAUGCAAAUGAGGGAUACCAUUCAGAAGGAGCUAUAGAAGUUCUUCAAAAGCUAAAUGAUAUGGGAGUUGCCCCCAUCCUCUUUGAACAACCAGUUCGCAGAGAUGACUGGAGAGGUCUUGGUGAAGUCAGUGCCGUUGCUAGAACGAAAUACGGGAUAUCUGUUGCUGCAGAUGAAAGUUGUCAGAGUUUGGUUGACAUUCAAAGAGUCAUAGAGGAAAAUCUAGCAGAUGUCAUCAACAUUAAAUUAGCUAAAUCUGGGAUCCUCAAGACACUUAAAAUAGUAGAGAUGGUUAGAAAUUCAGGACUGAACCUCAUGAUAGACGGCACGGUAGAGACUAGACUUGGCACUGGUGUUGCUGGUCAUCUAGCAGCCGGCCUUGGUUGCUUCAAAUAUGUUAAUCUCAGCAUCCCCAUGUUGCUGUCAGAGGAUCCAGUUGUGGGAGGUUAUGAAGUUUCUGGAUCCGGUUACAAGUUUGUUAAUAGCCGAGGGCAAGGAGGUUUUCUCAAAUGGGAUUUUAUCUCUUGGUGAGCUUCCCUUUUAACUUUAAUUCCAUUUCCCCUUAGUUUAGCUUCAACUAGGACUGUAUAAAGUGAGUCUUGAAUAUUAUUCUGCAGAAGCAGAGUUGGUGUGUAUCAGCAUCAGUGCAUUCAAUUACACUGAAGGUGUCAAUUGCCCUGUACUUGGUCCAGAAGUGAGGUUAUAAUUGUAAAAGACAAAGUCAACUUUUGCUCUACUCUACGGAUACAAUUUUUUUUUUUUUAUUUGCAUUAAUGAAGAAUGUUCGUAUCUUUCUGAAAAAUUCUACUCGUUGAUUAUAGGUUAAACUCUCAUUAUCCUUCAACUAUUGUAUCGGCUCUUAAAUUAGUUUUUAAAUUAAAACAAUUAUUGAUGU